GCUGUAUCUGCUUCUCCGUUUGGCAAGGGCGACCGAGAGUCCCUGUUGCCAUUUGGUCUUUAGAGCCUCUGAAGCCCGCGGGAAGUCCUUCGGAAAGCUUCGUAUUAUUCUAGCCCUCCAGUGGGGGAACUGAGGCAGAGGGAGCCAGCUGGUCUAGGAUGGCCCCGGCGAAGGUCCCACUUCUCUGCCUCCUGCUGCUCGGGCUCCUGGUGUUCCAGGCGCACGUGUGCCCUGCGCCCUGCCGCUGCUACAGCCUGACCGUGGAGUGUGGCUCUUUGGGGCUGAAGGACAUUCCAGGGGGCCUCUCCCCCAACACCCAGACCAUUUUCCUGCAGGACAACAGCAUCACCCAGAUCCGGCAGCAGGAGCUGGCUUCUCUCCUGGACCUGCAGUACCUCUACAUGCAGAACAACAGCAUUUCCGCCCUGGAGCCUGGCGCCUUCCACCACCAGAACCGGCUGCUGGAGCUGGCGCUGAACGGCAACCGCAUCCAUUUGAUCAACAGCAGCAUCUUCAAGGGCCUGGAGCACCUGCGCGUCCUCUACCUCUCGGCCAACCAGGUCACCCGCCUGCCGGACUUCACCUUUUGCGACUUGGAGAGACUGCAGGAGCUCCACCUGCAAGAGAACAGCAUUGAGAUUCUGGAGGACCAGGCGCUGACCGGGCUGACCUCCCUAGCCCUGCUGGACCUCAGCAAGAACAACCUGCGCACCAUCAGCCGGGUGACCUUGAGGCCGGUCAUCAGUCUGCAAGUGCUGAGACUGACAGAGAAUCCAUGGCGAUGCGACUGCGCUCUGCACUGGCUCAGCAGCUGGAUCCGAGAGGAAGGCCAGAGGCUCCUGAGCCCCCUGGACAAGAAGAUCGAGUGUUCGGAGCCACCACGCCUGGCCUACCAAAGCCUAGCGGACGUUUCCGGCAACAGCUUGAUCUGCAUCCCUCCGGUCGUACAAGUGCAACCACUUGAAGUCAUGGCCCGCCUGGGUGAAGACCUGCGCAUCUCCUGUCAGGCCUCGGGCUACCCACAACCACUCGUGACCUGGCGUAAACUGGCCCACUGGCGGGCCGGGGGCUCCAGGGGAAGCCGGACCCGGCUUCCCAGUGGAAGCUUUGAGCUGAGAGAGCGCAGCGUCGGGGAGCGUUUUGAGCAGUCAGACACCGGCAGCGGGAUGCUGUUCCUGAACAACGUGACGGUGUCCCAUGCCGGGAAAUACGAAUGUGAGGCCUCCAAUCCCGGGGGGAUGGCCCAGGUGGUCUUCCACCUCAUGGUUAACCUCUCACAGCAUCAGCAACAAUCGCAGGGCUACCCAGCGUCGGUAGACAUCAGCCAGGAGCCCCUCUACGACAUGGAGAGCAUGGACUUCCACGCCCUGGGCAUGGCCACGCAGACGGCCAUCGCCGUGGCCAUCUCCCUGCUGGCCCUGGUGGCCCUCCUCUUGGUGAUCAUGAUCUACCGGAAACACCGCAAGCGGAAAAAGGCGAAGAAGGAGGAGAACAUUUUAUACGUCAACGACUAUUCCGACGGGCCCACCACUUUCGCGCAGCUGGAAGAGUACCGAGACGAGAGGGGCCACGAAAUGUUUGUGAUUGACCGCAACAAGCCCCUCUUUGCCACCUAUAAGGACCCCCAAGGCCUGGCAGGGGUCUUCCCGGAGCAGCUCCAAGACCAAGCGACUCAGACUCUGGAAGGAGAAGAAGAGGCUCCCCAAGAAGACAGCGAGCUCUUCGCCAACCAGGGAGUGAUGCUCCAGCCUCAGAUAGCGUACGAAAUCCACUGCUGAGUGGAGUUACGGAAGUUGGGGUGAAUGGACACCCCUCCCCCCAAUGGAGCUGUUGUCUUGACCUCCUCCUACCAUUGUCUGCUUAAGUUCGGGGCCUUGAGUGGAGGAACCUGUGUUGGUGGACCAUUCCACAGGUUGCAGAGAGGACUCGUGUAUGUUCAACGAGAGAAGCCACCCUGUGGUUAACUCCUGGGGCACGUUCGGCCCUCACCAUGUUGAUCAUCCCCAUCCCGUUGUCCAAUGUUCUCUGAAAGGGACGUGGAGCAAUUCACGAGGGUCCCUCGUGUUCACCUUCAAAUCUGAAAGCAUAGCACGCCAGAAUAGCUUUGCUACAAAGGUCACCUUAGGCCAGCAUUUUGCUUCUCACUGUGAUUGAUCAGAUUCCUCCAGGACACUCACAAGCAAGAGAGGGAUCCACACCACCUCCUCCUCUUCCUCCCUCCGACGUUGUUCCUCAGCACACAGGACCUGGAGGCACCUUACUCACCAAGCUGGACACCUUCAAAUGAUAGACCUGUCAAAAGCGUGAUAGGAUAGCUGAUGGACAGCAAUGGGUUUUGAUCCCUGAACGUUUCCCAGCCAUCAGCUGUGACCCUCCCUGGGCAUUCUGCAACUGGAUGUAAGGACUUUACACACAAAGCUUUUGGUCACAGUCAGCAGAGAAAGUGCAGCUUGGAAAAAAACUCACCGAAGGCUGGAUAAGAGGUUCACUGUGCAAAUUUGACCAAAACUGUGCAAAUUUGACCAAAAUUUCAGUGAUGAAGGGAUGACAUUUACAGUCCCUCACGCAGGUUGAGUGGGACACUCAAGUUUUUUGAGGGGCCUUGCCUGUCAUUUUGCUUUAAAAGGAUAAAAAUAAUGUCACAGUCCCAAGCUGCAACAGCGGCAUUUGUAGAAUGCAGGGGGAAAAAACCCUCCUUAUUUCCACCUUACAGGCGGUCGGUCCUUGCCUUAUGACCACAGUUGAGCCCAAAAUUUCUGUGGCUAAGCAGGACAGUUCUUAAGUAGUUUUUGCCCCCAUUUUGUAACUUGCUUGCCACCGUUGUUAAACGACUCACUGGUUUCUCCAUUGACUUUAGCUUGUCAGAAGUCACAAAAUGUGAUCACAUAACCGCGGGGACGCUGCGACCGUCAUAAAUGUGACUCAGUUGCCAAGUGUCAGAAUGUUGAUCACAUAACUGCGGGGACACUGCGACCGUCAUAAAUGUGACUCAGUUGCCAAGUGUCAGAAUGUUGAUCACGUAACCGCGGGGACACUGCGACCGUCAUAAAUGUGACUCAGUUGCCAAGUGUCAGAAUGUUGAUCACGUAACCGCGGGGAUGCUGCGACCGUCAUAAAUGUGACUCAGUUGCCAAGUGUCAGAAGGUUGAUCACGUAACCGUGGGGACGCUGCGACCGUCAUAAAUGUGACUCAGUUGCCAAGUGUCAGAAGGUUGAUCACGUAACCGCGGGGACGCUGCGACCGUCAUAAAUGUGACUCAGUUGCCAAGUGUCAGAAUGUUGAUCACGUAACCGCGGGGACGCUGCGACCGUCAUAUAUGUGACACAGUUGCCAAACGUCAGAAGGUUGAUCACGUAACCGCGGGGACGCUGCGACCGUCAUAAAUGUGACUCAGUUGCCAAGUGUCAGAAUGUUGAUCACAUAACCAUGAAAUCAGCUGUGCCCCCAAAGCACAGGCAACAGCAUAGCCGUGUAGUUGCACCAGGAGCAAAAUGGCUGCGUGCGAGAUUUUUUUCUCAAGCAAAGAAGCCAAUUAAAUAUAGCCAGCAUCUCCUGGCUACUGAGGCUGUGUUGUCUUCUUUUAGGGAAUUGGAGGCAGGGGAUAAUGGGGAAGAGAAUCUUGGUUCUGCUGAAGGAUUUCUGGUGGCUGAAACAGUUUCUUGCUGUCAGGCUGCACGUGGCUGGGAAGGUGCCUACUUAUGCGAUGGCAUCUCUCUCACCAACAUCGUUUAUUCAUUUUCUUAAAUUUAUAUGUCACUCGUCUCACUGUCAAAUGACUCUGGCCGGCUUACAAAUAUCCUAAAAACAGGUACAAAUGUUGGAGCAUGAAAUAUUAAAUAAUUAAACAAAUUACCAGCCCAAA